AAAAAAUUGAAAAUAUGAAAUUUUGAGUGCAAUGAAUGUGAAUCCCGAAUAUUUUUUCCCUCCCCGCACAGCCCAGGUGUCUGACCGCUUGAUUCCCUUCCCCUCGGCCCUUCUCUGUCAGCCCGGUGCUCACUGACGGCGAUGCUGAAGCCACCGGAGCACCAAGUGGCCGGUCACCAUGCCAGAGAUGGCCGGCUUGGUCCCCUCGUCGACGGCUCAGGCCUUUUCUACAAACCCCUUCAAAGCGACGACCGAGGAACCAACGAAUUGACCUUCUACACUUCCUUCUCUUGCGAACCCCACAUUCCCUCCCACAUCCGCUCCUUCUUCCCUGGUUUCCACGGAACCCAGCUUCUCCUCGCCUCAGACGGCUCCGGUCUCCACCCGCACCUCGUACUCGACGAUCUCCUUGCUGGCCUCCGUCUUCCCUCCGUCAUCGACCUCAAGAUCGGAUCCCGUACGUGGUUUCCCUCUGCCCCCGAGGACUACUUUCGCAAGUGCCUCGCCAAGGACCGUGAAACCACAUCUGCUCUCAUUGGCUUCCGCAUCUCCGGUCUUCAGAUCAACAACAAUGACUGCAGCUUCUGGCGUCCCAGCCACGACGUAGUACGCCGGUUUACCGACAAGGACGACGUCUGUUGUGUCCUCCGUCGCUUCGUUUCGUCCAAUCUGGCCUCUGAUUGUAAACCCGACUGCGCCUUCGCAUCUGCCGUCUAUGGCGGCUCGGAGGGAGUUCUUGCCCAGUUACGUGAACUUAAGGCGUGGUUCGAGGACCAGACCCUCUUCCAAUUCUACUCUGCCUCCAUCCUAGUGGCCUACGACGGUGGUGGUUCAGAGGAUGAUCGAGGCCCUGGCCGGGCGAGGGUGAGGCUUGUAGAUUUCGCGCAUGUUCUGGAGGGGAAUGGGGUGAUCGACCACAAUUUCUUGGGUGGACUUUGCUCUCUCAUCAAAUUCAUCUCCGAUAUUCUCAACGAUUCCGACGAGAGCUCUGUAAUCACUAGUGCUUUCUGAAGGGGGCUAACAAAAUCCAGAUUUCACCAAAUAAUGCUAACUAAGGCUUGAGUGAAGACGUUUCGGACAAAUAGCCUUUUUUUCUGCUUAUCAUUUAUAUAACUUAAACAUUUCCUGAUUCCUGAGGCUGUGUGCUUCAGAGUCUUCAAUCUAUCGAAAUACGCAAUCUUUUUUAUAUUUUAAAAAUGCAAUCGGACCAAUUUAUGAAAGUCAUGUUCCCGCAUUGUCAACAGAAAGCCACUGAACAUAUACAAUAAUUGAAAGAGAUUUAUAAAAGAAGAAUGUGACUUCAAGGUGUCCGAAAAUAAAUUUUAUUUGGUUGACUCAGGCUAUCCAAAGACUGACAAGUUCUUACCAUUCUUCAAAGGAGAUUAUUAUCAUCUAAUUGAUUACCGUGCAAACACAACUCGUACGUACUCAACAACACGAGUUAUAUAAUCAUUGUCACACACAAGCUUCGUAGUGUUGUAGAAAGAACAUUUGAGAUUUGGAAGGGAAGAUUUCUCGCUCUCAGUCACAUGGGAAAGUUCUCAAUUAAAGUACAAGCGGACAUAGUAAUGACUUGUGCAGUUUUACAUAUUUUUGUUGGACAUUGUCGUCGAAAUGAUUUAUAUUUUAAUAUAUCUCAAACUGAGAUGCAGAAUAGUCUGAUAUGUGAGGUUCUGUUAACAAUGAAGACCCAAACAUGCAUGCCACAAUUUGUGAGAGACUUAGAGGAGAUGUUGUACGAGAUGUGAUUGUAACUAAUUUAUGGGAAGCA